ACUACACCACACACCCAGUUGUGUUUCCACUGUGUCCUCUGUGUUCUAGCACAAGGCUGGCACACUGCUCUGACAGUCUUGUGAACUCGGGCCUCCGCUCCCCGUCUCUCUGUAGCUUGAGCAAAGAUCUGAACAAUAUCCGUGAAUCACCUGCAGCUCCAUUACGUUUUCUGUGGAUUUGAUGUUUUAUUAGUGUUAAAUACCAAUCGAUUGUUUUUGGUGUGGUGGAAGGAACAGAAUCGAGACAUUUAUUCAGCGUGGAUUUGUAGUUCUAGAAGAGGUCUUUAACUGUGUACGUCUUCCAAAAUGGCACCUGUAAAAGGCUGGGUAGUGGGGCUCCUGCUGGUUCUCCUGUGCCCAUCCCAGCUCCCGCUCUCUGGUGUCGUGAGUGCCCAGGAAGUGGGUGAGGAAGGCCUCCAUGCCAGAAUUGUUGAGGAGGUUGUGGCCGACGAGGGUGAAGCCGCUGAGGAUGACGAUGGAGCUGGUGAAGAAGAGGAACAGGUAGCAGAGGAGGAAGAUGGCGAAGACGAGGAAGAGUCAGAUGAUGAUUCAGAGGCUGAUGAACAGGAGGCAGAGGAGGAAGAAGAGGAGGAAGAAGGGGAGGCUGAGGCUGAGGAGGAAGAAGAGGAGGCUGAGGCUGAGGAGGAAGAAGAGGAGGAAGAAGAGGAGGAAGAAGGGGAGGCCGAGGCUGAGGAGGAAGAAGAGGAGGCUGAGGCUGAGGAGGAAGAAGAUGAGACUGCCGAGGAGGAAGCGGAGGCUGCUGAGGAAGACAAGGUUGAGGAGGAGGAUGAAGCUGUGGAGGAGGACGAGGAAGAGGAAGAGGAGGAGGCAGCAGAGGAAGAAGAAGAGGAAGAGGCUGCUGAGGAAGAGGAGGAAGAGGAAGAAGCUGCAGAAGAGGAAGAGGAGGUAGAGGAGGAAGAGGAGGAAGCCGCAGAUGAGGAAGAGGAGGAGGAAGAGGAAGAAGCUGCAGAUGAGGAAGAGGAGGACGAUGCUGAAGAAGAGGAGGCUGAUGAGGCAGCAGCAGAGGAAGAUGAGGAGGAGGAGGCUGCAGCUGAAAAUGAGGAAGAAGAGGAGGAAACAGAGGAGGAAGAGGAAGAGCAGGCAACUGAAGGAGAGGAGUUAGAUGAGGAAGAGGAGGCUGAUUAUGCUGAGGACGAGGAAGAGGAGGAUAUCGCUGAGGAUGACUCCGAGGGAGGGAACACAACUGAAGCAGAGGAAGAUGAUGAUGAGCCUGAGGGUGAUGACGCAGCAGAAAACGAAGAGGACUCAAGUGAAGAGGAGCCCGCUGCUGAUGUGCUGCAGUUCCACCCCGGCUCUUUGUGCAGUGUUUGCUCCAUCUGUGAGCAUUGCGCUAAUAACUGUGACAAUUGCCCCUGUGAAGAGGGAGAUCACUGUGACCACUGUGAAGGAUGCUCUUCCUGCUACAUUUGCCCCUUACUGUGUGACACGAUCUGCACACCAGGUGGCCUUGUUGAUGAGCUCACUGGGUCCCUCUUUCAGAGUGUUGCUUCUCUACUUUGAGCAACCCUUUAAUGUCACCAUGUAUUUGCACGAGGUACUACGCUCAGGAUUGGAGCUGUCUGGCUGUCCAUACCUUUCCAGCAACAUGAGGACUACCUAGGGCUUGUCGUGAACCUGACAGCUCACAGGAAAACAAAAACAUAUUAGGUUUUAAACUUUUGGAUAUUUUUUUUUAGCUUCAAGAGAGCUGGAAAAAAAAUCUUUUCCUUUAUUUAAUGAACUGCCUACUGUACAUUUUCAAUGCAAAAUGGAUAAUGACACAUUGCUAAGGCGAGUUUUUUUGUUGGAGCAUUAUUGUAACACAGUUUUAGUUUUUUUUAGUGUUUACAGGUCAACCUUAGUGGCAGGAAUCUGUAUGAAUGCACUAGAAAAAAUACAUCUAUCGUCACUUGUGUAAUUUGCAAAUGUAUGAUAAUUGAUUUUUUACAGUAAAAUUUCACACGUGUUAAUACAAAAAAUGUAUACAACGUUGAUUCUCAUCUGGUAAUACAUUGUAAAACUUUGUUUAAUAUAUGACAAGCACAGCUUAUAUCUCUCACAAAUGUGCUUCCAAUUAGCUAUUUUUUCAUACUUCUAUUUCACAUUGUUAACUGACUUCAAAAGUAUUGUUAUAUGUAUGUUUGUGCAUAUAAUCAUGACCACUCAUUAAAAUUGCAGUUGAUAAAAAAAAAAUUUCAAUAACUUGGGUCAAUAGGCCGAUAAAAUACUCAUUCAUAAUAAUCAUUGUAACCACAACUUUGCAACAGUUUAACCCACAACUGUGUGUAUAGUUAGGUAUCUACCUUUAGGUUAUAUGGGAUAUGCAAAUCUGAAUGAUUCAUAAUAAUAAACUGAGUUUAGACUGG